CGUGGCCUUCUGGCACGAAUUUUUGGUUCCGAAAAUACGAAAUCUGAACGACCCACUACCGAUGAAUCCAGUAACAAAAUUGGAUGUUUUGGUGGCAAAGCCGAAGAUGAUGAUGGGGUAUUCAAAAUUUUCGGCUUGAAUUAUGAAAGAAAAAAAUAG